AGCCCAGAAGUCCUCAGAGAGCUUGCACACCUGGAAGAUGAAAAUCUCCACGGCUGCCCUCUCCUUCCUCAUCCUUGCUGCUGCCCUUGGAUCCCUGGCCCAUGGGUCCCAGCCCCUCAGAUCCCAGACCCUUGAAUCCAUGGAUGAGAUGUUCCGGCCAGACUUAAUACUACCAGCAGCAGGUGUUCACCGUCCUACUGACUGCUGCAUCUCCUACACCAGACAAAAAAUCCGAUGCAUAUUCAUGAAAGAUUACAUUGAAAGACUUAUGUGCCGCCUGCCUGCUAUCAUCUUCAUCACCAUGACAGGGCAGCAGGUCUGUGUCAACCCCGUGGACAGGACAGUUCAGCGUUGCAUAAAGAUCCUGCAAAAAAAGAAGAACGCUCGGUGGCAGCCACCCACCUUCUUUCCCCGGACCUCGUCUGGGAGUUCCUUGGCCUGAAUUAUUUUUUCAAAAGCAACAGUUACUCUUCUGUUCUGGUUAUAAAAGCUA